AUGUCUGCUGAAUACAAGCCGAAAUCGCGGAAGAAGUGGUGGAAGGAGCUCUGCGGGGGUCUUCGUGCAGCCUCGCCGGCUCCGUCUGCCACGCCGUUGACAGACAACCCGUCAUCCGAUCAGGGAAAUUCAGAACACGGAUCGAAAGCGCCUUCCAUUGUCGCGACAGGGUCGUGUGCUCCUCCUCACCCGUCUGCCGCAGCGGCGAAGGCCGCCCAACCCCGCACAGAUGCGAGAGUCCCCAACGAUCACCAACCACCCGCGGCAUCGCAAGCACUGCCUCCUGCUCUGUCCGCCGAACCCGCACCCAAACCAUCGCCGACCGAAUCCACGGAGCAACCGACCCCUGUACUUCCCGUGUCCGAGAGACUGUGGAAUGCCGCGUACGACAGCCUUGAGACGGACAAUGUAGCGCUUGUGAAGUCAUACCUGAAAACGUUAAAAACAGUUCUCGACAAAUCAGAUGUUACCCCUGACACCGACAUCUCGGCCGAGUUCCAUGACCCGACCAAACGACAGAUGCAUAUGAGGAGGCUGGUGGAGGAAGGCCGGGCGAACAUUUCCAGAGCGUCCAAGAUUACGACCGGAGUAGGCGACGGCGUCGAUAUCGUCCUGUCGUUCAAGGGAAUAAUUGACCUGGCUGUCCAAAGCGUGCCACAGGCUGCGCUUCCGUGGGCCGGUGUUUACGUUGGGCUGCAGAUGCUCCGGAAUCCUGCGCAAGCGACGAAAUCCAACCUCGCUGGUAUCGCCCAUGUCAUCUCCAGAAUGGACUGGUACUGUGCCCUCACCGAACAUCUCCUGAACAAGGACAAUAUUACCGCUGGUAAGGACUUCCAAGCCAUCUUGCGCCAGCUGGAAAAGGAGAUUAUCGAGCUCUAUAAAGCUCUUUUCCUGUACCAGAUGAAGAGUGUUUGUUCUUACUAUCGCAACCAAGGUCUCGUCUUUCUUCGCGGGAUGCUGAAUUUGGAUGAUUGGGACGGCGAUCUGAAAAGCGUUACAGACGCAGAAGCCAUCGUCCAAAACGAUACCGCCCAGUUUUUCCAAGGACAGACGAGGACUUUCCUAGGGGAUCUCGUCAGUUGCGCUAAGGGGAUGGAAGCACAGCUCGGCGACGUCCAUCAGACCCUUCAAGACUUCAUCUCGCUACAGAAGGACGCCCGUAGGGAUGAUAUCGAGGCAGCGUGCCGCAGAGAUCUCCGCGUCGUCGAUCCGCAACACGACAUGGAGCGGAUCGAGAAGAGUAAGGAUGAGCUGCUGGAUGACGCGUUUAAAUGGAUCCUUCGUACCCCGGAGUAUAUAGCGUUCACAAACUGGGACGAUAGCGGAUCCGAUCGCCCGCCACGUCGAUUGCUCUGGAUAAAAGGACACGCUGGCACGGGAAAGACGAUGCUCAUGAUCGGCCUCAUUCGCCAACUCUCGCAUCAACCCGUUGCCCUAUCACCAGCACUUUCUUUCUUCUUCUGCCAAGGCACAGACACAGCCUUGAACAACGCCACCGCCGUCCUCAGGUCUUUGAUCUGGCUUCUUCUUCUUCAACAGCCACGCCUCAUAUCCCAUCUACUUCAGAAGUAUAAAGAGUCAGGCGCCGAUCUCUUCAGGGAACAAAAUGCCUUCAUCGCCCUGUCCGAAGCGUUUCGGAAUAUGUUGAAGGAUCCUAAGUUAUUGCCUGUGUACCUCGCGGUCGACGCACUUGACGAGUGCGUGCAGGGGCGAUCGGACGUCAUCGAUCUCAUUUCGACUUCCCUCAACCUCUCCCAGAAGGUGAGAUGGCUACUCUCUAGCCGUCCAGAAGUUGACCUUCUCGCUGGACUCAAGGAACAGAGCGUUAACUCCUUCAACCCUUCCAGCUCCCUCGUCGAGUUAGAUACUCAGCGUCUGGAAGAGCCUGUCAAUGCAUACAUCAACCACAAGCUUAUGGAGCUCAAGUACAGGGAAGGAUACGACGACCACGUUUUGGCUGAGAUCUCUCAUGAAGUCCGGCAACGAGCAGAGAACACGUUCCUCUGGGUAGCUCUCGUGUUCAAGGAACUCAGUUCAGUGGAGGGCUGGGACGCUGUCGAGACCGUCCAGAGCAUCCCUUCGGGCUUGACAGAUUUGUAUAGUCAUAUGAUGGCCAGGAUUGAUGAAGGGAGCGAGCGAAACCGGCAACGCUGCAAGAAUGUACUCGCGGCUACAUUCCUUGUGCGUCGCCCUCUGUCACUCUCGGAGCUUAUUGUAGUUGCAGGUUUACCGGCGAAGAUUAAUCCCCGGGCAAUUGUGGAUCGAUGCGGCUCAUUUCUAACAGUUAAGGACGAAACGGUCUACCUAAUCCAUCAGUCCGCGAAGGACUAUCUGGGCGAUAAUUACGCGACUAGACUUCAACCAGCUGGGCCCGCUCAAGGGUGCAGCGAGAUUGUCAGACGCUCGAUUGAUGCGAUGUCCUCAAUGCUAAGACGCAACAUAUACGACCUCGACCCCAGCUUCAAUCCAGAGAAUAUAGCGCCCCCUGACCCAGAUCCGCUAGCUCCAAUACGAUACUCUUGUAUAUUCUGGGCCGACCAUCUCUGCUCCCUGAGCAGCGAUAACUCCAGGUUUCUAGGAGAAUUGACAGACGACGGGAAGGGCAACUUUCUAGUGGGCUACUCUCAAUAA